AAUUUAUAAAUAUCUAACGUUUAUCGUUGUUUUUAUUACCUCAACAAUAUAUUAAGAAAUUUAAUCUUAACACAGUUAUAUUAAAAUAGUAAAAUAAAUACGUAAAUAAAUAAUGUACAAAUAAAAGUAACGUGUUUACUUAAUAAUAAGUAUUAAUAAUAAAUAUUUUCGACAUCUUUAUACUUUUGGAAGUACAGGGCGAUCAUUUGUUAUUGCUUAGGACAAUGUUCACAAUUAUUCUAUUGAGGACCGUCACACUUGGCUAACCAAGACAAUCGAGAUCACUUACAACACACGUCAAAGGUAGCUUUGGCCAUUGGUCAGACCUAUUUUCUUUUUUCCAAAUAUUUUCUUUUCACCGUAUUAUUUUUUAUUGACACUUUUUCUAAACACCCAUUUAGGUCGAAUGAAAUACUGUUACAACGACUCUCAACCUACGCAUAAAUCCCACUUUGUUUGCUAACUUUAUGUAAUUUUAAAAAGGAAAAGCAGCUUCGUGAAGAAGAGGAACGCAGUCACGACCAAGUGCCGAUAUGCUUCGGUUAGCACUUGCUACGUUCUGUCGUCGAAAUAGUCGGAAGUACCAUGCUCGGGAUUUCGCGAUAUGUUAGAAUAUUAUUAUUCCUUUUUGUUGGUUCGACGAUUUUUCUUACGGUUCUCCUUACUUUUCCGGACUUCAUUGGCGGGAAAAUCGACGAAGAAGCAAAGUAUUCAAAACGUCAGAACAUUUUCACAAUAUUAUCGAAAAAUAAAAAUUUCACAAAUGUGCAGAAUGGUGCGAUGUCUUUGCUUGGAAAAUGGCUGCUAUCUCCCGAGGGAAGUUUACCACCACCAAUAAUUAAUACGAAAAAAGAACCUUACUUAAUAUUAAUUUGGAAGCAUGGAAAAUUCCUGGAACGUAGACACAUCAAACGUUUCUCUAAUAAUAAAUUUUCACCGUGGGAAGGUUGUUCAGUAAAUAACUGUGUAUUAAGUUAUCAAUCGAAAGAUAUUGAUACAGCUGAUGCCACUGUGUUUCAUUUGCACUUGACGAAAAGCGUAUUAGAAUUACCAUACAGAACUCGACAGAACCAAAGAUGGAUCUUCUUGACGGACGAAUCACCAAUGCACACUUUUCUCUAUGGCAAUCAAGAACUAUCAAAAUACAAUGGCCUGUUCAAUUGGUCUAUGACUUAUCGCAUGGACAGCGAUAUACCAAUACCGUAUGGCCGCACGAUUGCUAAAGCGUUUAUAAAUUCCACAGAAACGCAUUUCUUAAAGGAUUCUAUUAAAAAAUUAAAAACUAAACUAGUUACGAUAAUGGGCAGUAACUGUGUAGGUGUAAACGGACGAUGGAAAUAUGUGAACGAAUUGAAAUCAAUUCUUGGCGAUGAUUUACAAAUAUACGGGAAAUGUUUGAACGGUAAUACCACCGCAUGUCCCGGUCAUUUUGAUAAAGACUGUGCGACCCUAAAUGCGUAUAAAUUUUAUCUUGCUUUCGAGAACUCGAAUUGCAAAGAAUACUUAACGGAAAAAGUAUUUUGGCAUGGUUAUCAUAAAUUAGCUGUUCCAGUAAUAAUGGGUGCACCGAAAGAAAAUUGUGAACGGCUAUUACCACCUCAUUCGUUCCUUCAUGUUAGCGAUUUUGCUAAUCCAACUGCUUUGGCGGAUUAUAUUCGAUACCUUAAUCAGCAUGAUGAUAAAUAUUUUGAAUAUCACGAAUGGCGCAAGUAUUAUAAAGUAAUUAAUGAACACGGCUAUUUUGGUAGUAUUUCGAAGCACUACUGUCGCAUCUGCGAAGCUCUUCAUUAUAAUGUUCCUACUAGUAAGACAUAUCAAGAUUUAGAGUCAUUUUGGAACAAACAGCGAGAUUGUACACUUUAGCUCAAUGGAGUUUCGCAACAUGGCCCCACAAGCCAAUGUGGAAGCGGUAACAUUUACAAAAAUGGUCAUAUCAACAGAACUCAUUCUAUACGAUGUUCCCAUUCCUAAUAUUACCAACGAUCUAAAUUCGGAAAUAUGAAAUUUCUACAUUUAGAAACUUGAAUUACUAAAUUUAGAAAUUUGAAUUCGGAAUUAUUAAGUUUUUUAAAUUGAAAAUUUAAUGUCUGCAUUUCUUUGUGUGCUACGGUGAUAAAGAAACAUUAUCAAUGGAAAUAACUAUUUGUAUAUUUAGAUAAAUUGUAGCCAUGUAGCAAGACUACACUGUGCUUGAAUCUUUCCUCAUAUUAUGAUGUCGUAUUCACUUGAAUUGUUCUGUUAAAUCAUUACUGAAACAAUAAAAAUAUAUAUUUAAUUUAAUUAAUAUACA